AUGGAGGAUGAUGAGCCUGUUCGGUUGAACAUCUAUGACCUGGGAAAGAGCAACACAGUACAGAGCCUCAAUGGUUGGCUGAAGCCCGUCGGGAUUGGUGCCUUUCAUUGUGCAGUACAGGUCUAUGGUGUUGAGUGGAGCUACGGGGGAUGGCGAGCACAGGAGGGGCUCAAAGAUUCUGAAGAUUCUGAAGCUAAAACUGGCAUUUGGAGCUGUUUGCCCCAGAUGUCAGUAGAUCACACCUUCCGCGAGGCCGUGCCAAUGGGAAGCAUCUCCAUGUCAGAGGAUGAAACAGUCGAGCUUAUCUACAGCUUGAUGGAGGAGUGGCCUAUGUCUGAGUAUGACAUCCUUAACAAAAACUGCUGCCACUUCUGCGAGGAACUCUGCUUAUCGCUAGGCCUUGGGCCGUUGCCCAGCCGAGUGAAGAAACUGGCCGGUCUGGGUGCCACGCUGAAUGAAAGUGCCCAGGUGGCCGUUGAUCAAGUCUUUCAGGCAGGGUACCGGAUACUGUUGUUAUACUGUUGUUAUAGUUUGCUCAUGAACGGGCCUCGAAUCAGCGAGAAUCUGGCCGAGGACACAAAUGGUUUGGGGCAUCCUCAAUUUCUUGGAACCAUCUGCCGACAGGUUUGUCAGAAAACAACCGCCAUGUGUCACAGGGGUCUUUGUCUCUGCACUAGCGUGUCCAAUGCUUCCAAAGUAGCAGGUCGCAUCCAAAGUGAAGUCAGACAUCGUAGGCCCGAGAGAUUGGUUGCUGUGCAAACUUUCAGCCAGCGAUGUGACUCAAAUAAUGGACCACCUUCUGCAGUCCCCUGGAGGUGCUGGCUAUGUUGCGACCAACUUAGCGGCUUCUUGGCCAGCGAUUCAGUGGUGAACAAAAUUGACCUCUACCAGACUCUACCACCCAACACAAGAAGACGGAUCAGUUGUUUCUGUGAACCAGGACUUUCUGGUGCCCAUUGUCUGCUCCCAUAA